ACCGGCAACUGGUUAAUUGUGGUGACGUCUCAGUGAUACUGAAGACAUCCGACCCUCGUCUCCUAAAAAACCUCUCGUUUGGCGAGUUUGUGGUGGCGUUUGGGGUCUUCCGCGACGUCCUGUGCGGGGCAUACCCAGACCGUCGCGCCGAACUGGACAACUACCUCGCCAUGCUAUCCGACUUCCACCUUCGAUACGGAGGCACUCUAUUUUACGAGUACCACAAAUCCUUCUCCGCCAAGGCUGCCUCGUAUGUCAGCCUAUUUAAUCUCCGCUUGGACUGGUCGAUCGUGGACACCGAACUACUCAUCCGCCACUUCAGCGGCCAGCGCACACUUGCAUGCAACAUCUGCUCGUCCCACGGUCACUCAGCUGACAUGUGCCCCAGAACUGUGUUCAGUGUCCCCCGCAUCACCGCGGCGAAAACAUCCACUACCACGUCCAUCGCGUCGAAUUCCCGGAAAGCCCAGCCUCUUUUGCAGGGACCCCCACCCGAAGAGCGUCUGCCCCCUCCGACUCGGCCUUCGACGGGAUUCUUCAAAGAGAUUUUGAAAUCCCACCCCUCUACCCCCAUCUCUGUUCCCUCUCUCUCUCGCCUUCUGGCUACCCACCCAGAUCCCGUGUUCACUGAUUACCUCCUAACUGGUCUGUCGCAAGGGUUUCGUGUGGGCGUCUCCUCCCCCCUGUCCACUCCCUACGUUGCGCGAAACCUUAGGUCCGCUCUGUCAGAACCCGAUGUAGUUACCGAUCUGCUGUCCAAAGAAUUAAAUAAAGGCUACAUUGUCGGUCCAUUCUCCGCCCCUCCUUUCAACCCGUUCCGCGUAAACUCCCUCGGCGUGGCCACUCGCAAAUACUCCGGAAAAAAGAGGUUGAUAUUUGACAUGUCGUCCCCCCACUCCGAUUCCUGGGCCAGUGUUAACGAAACUAUCCCCCUGGAACCGUUUUCCUUGCAUUACGCAACCGUGGACCACGCCAUUAGGCUAAUUAAGAUUGCAGGUAGAGGUGCGCAUUUGGCAAAGGCUGACAUAACCGACGCUUUUAAAACUAUGCCCAUUCACCCCGCUGAUUGGCCGCUUUUUUGCGUUAAAUGGCAGUCCUCGUUCUAUUUCGCCGUCAGGCUCACAUUCGGGUGUCGUAGCAGUCCUCACAUUUUUAACAACCUCUCUGAGGCUCUGUGCUGGAUACUGCUGAAUGUGUGUAAAUUGCCGUUCGUCCUUCACCUACUAGACGACUUCCUCCUUAUCGAUUUUCCCUCGAUACCAAAUUCCACGGCCCUUGACACUCUACGGUCUGUGUUUCGCGAUGUAGGCGUCCCCCUGUCACCUGAGAAAACCCUGGGUCCAUGCACUUCCCUGGAAUUUCUGGGCAUAGUGCUUGAUUCAGUCGCCAUGAGGGCGUCGCUCCCCGAGGAAAAGCUCUCUCGCAUUCGUGAUAUCUGCGCCUCAUUAUCUGCAAACGAAAUCAUGACUAAGAGGGAUCUCCUUUCCCUCCUCGGCCACCUUAACUUCGCAAUGCGCAUCAUUCCACACGGCCGUUCGUUUAUUGCCCGCAUUCUAGAUCUGGCACACUCCGUCCCUAACUUGGCGGACCCAAUCACCCUCGACCAAGGAUGCCGCUCUGAUCUGAGCUUUUGGCUAAAGCUCAUUAAUGAUUGGAAUGGCAUCUCUUUCUUUUAUAACGAUUUCGCCGAGUCCUCUCCCUCCCUCGAGUUGUACACUGAUGCCGCCCCGUCCGUCGGUUUCGGUGGAUUCCACAAGGGGGAGUGGUUCGCUGACAAGUGGCCCGAGGAAUUCCUUGUGUUCACCUCUGGAUACGAAUCCUCCGCCCUCUUCGAGAUGUACCCAAUAGUCGUCGCGUGCGUCCUUUGGGGGUCUGGUUGGCGUAGGAAGCGCAUUACGUUUUUCUGCGACAAUGCUGCCGUCGUGGCCAUCAUUAACAAAGGCCGCUCUAAGUGUCCUAAACUGAUGGCGCUCGUGAGGCGCCUUACCUGGCAGUCAGUUAUUGGUAACUUUGUGUUUUCUGCUGCUCAUGUCCCUGGUCACUCUAAUGUCAUGGCUGAUUCUCUCUCUCGUCUCCAAUUGCAGGAGUUCCGCAGGCUCUGCCCCUCGGCCAGCUCGACCGCGCUCCCAUGCCCGAGUUUUUCAGAACUCGUCCUGUUCUAGGCCCCCCCCUCUCAUCGCUGUCUGCUUCGGCGAGGGGUUACAUGGAACGAAGUCUCGCUAAAUCUACUCUCAAAUGCUAUGCCUCAGCUUGGUCUAUGUUCUCUGCGUUUUGCUGCGCCUAUAUUCUCUCUCCUCUUCCCCUACAAAUCCCAUCCGUUUGCG